CCCUUGUAGGUGCCGUCCGCCUGGACCUCUGCCGAAAUGCCAAACUUGGUGGCCAAGAAGAUGUCGGCACGACGCUCAGGGUGCAGCUUGAACCACUUUCCGAUGAGAAUCUCAGAGUCGCCGUAGGCAUCCGAGGUGUCCCAUGGCGCCAUAGCAGUCGAUACCGAUGCCCAUGAGACCGAAUCCGACGGGAGGGAUUUCGGGGCCAUUCUUGCCAAGCUUCUUCAAGACGGUGGAAGGCAUUUUGAAAAAAAGAGGAAAGCUGAUGUGAGACUGUUAGAAUUCUUUUAGAAUGAUGAAUAUGAUAUCAAUGAAGCUGUUGGAUUGAAGCUAGUGCUGGUGAUCUGGGAGAUGGCGGUCCGGCCACACCAGUUUAUAUACGCACAGAUUGAUGUCGAGAAGACACAGACGACAACUUGUGAGACUGAUAUUCUAAGCAAUGUUGUGUUUUGCUCCAGCUUGAUCGUCACUCCUCACCAACGCCAACGCCGCAUACCAACGCGGCAUCCCACAUCACAUCACAUAACGUUAUGGCCACCGACUCGUUUCGCAGGGAAAUCCGCACAACUGGAAGCGUCGAGAAUUACCACAUUGGACUACGACCGCACGAGAGCUGCAAACGCCGCUAUGUCCGACUCCUCACUACUAAUCAAGUCACAUCAAGCCCCCUUUCGAGGCACGAAUCAUAUAAAUACUAUAUCCGAAAACAGCACCCAAAAAACCAGUGCCGGCUUCAACUCCGGGCUCAGCUCCGGGUCCGUCCCCUCAGGCCCUGGGCGGAGUAGCGGAGAAGUGGGUCGCUUCCGGAGCAAGCAAACAGGCGGCUCUCGCAUGAUUUAAUUUGUCUUACUGCGACAAUUUAAAUAUUUGUCAUCUCCGGCCUCACAAUCAGGAGCGACGGUCAACCAUCCAAUGUUAUCACAAGAGAGACAAA